AUGUGGGGAAAUAAUCCAAAUAACUAUGGUGGUGGUGGUGGUGGUGAUAUGCAAGAACGUUUAACGGAUAAUUUAAUUCAAAAUUUUGUUCCCGGAGGACUAAACAGUCCACUUGGUGAAACAAUCGAUAACAUGAUAGGUGGCAAUCAAAAUCCAACAUCUGGUCAAAUUCACGGAGGUGCUCCUGGUGUUGGAGGUUUUGACAAUAUGGGUGGUGGAUAUCAUCAUCAAGGUGGAUUUUAA